UGGUAAUUUUCUUAAAGGACCUCUUUUAAUAAGACGUUUACCGGCCAUACAAUCAUUUGGUUAUAUUCCAACACAUUCAUCAUCGCUGGGCAGUGCCAAUGUGCGAGAGUACAUUGAAAAAGAGAUCACUAUGGAAAAACGACGUAAUACAUUGGAUCGUUUUCAACGUUUAGGUUUUGGCCGCAAAUCAUCGCCAAGCACAACAAACGUGUCCAACAAAAAUUCUACAGCAAUAGCAACAACAUCGGCAGCAGCUGAUUCGUGUGGCACUUCGAAACAACGCAAAUCAUCCGAAAAAACUGAACGAUUGCGUGAACUUACCGAAUUAUUGAGAGUGGGUGGUGAUAAGGGUGGUGGGGGCAGUGGCUGUCGCAGUUCAUCACCAACCCCUCCCCCCAUGCCACCGCCAAGAAGACAACGUUCAUCCACACCAUCCACACCGUCGGCCUCAACAAGUUUCGAUAAGGCUGAUGCCAGUGAAAAAUCAUCACCUUCAACGUCACUUUUGUUGGCGGAAAACUCAGCCAACAAUAACAACAACAACGGCGGCAGCAGCAAUCAUUGCAGUGACAACCACACCAACAACAACAACGAACCAAUUCUGUCAUUCAUGUCGACGCAUUCCGAUGAUAUAUUGCUAAUGGAUCAGGAUGAGCCAAGUAAAACCUCACGACCACUGCGCCAUCUACAGAAACAAAUCUCCAUGGAAUCGGGGGUGGUGCUGGAGGAGAAGGGCAUCGAGCAAUUAAAUGUAAACAAUGCCACCAAAUACUCAUCACUCUCGGCCUCGACCACACCGCUGGCCUCUCCCACCAACCUGAAGAGCAACGCCUCGCUCUCCAAUUUGGAAGUGUUGCUAAUGAAACGUGAAUCGAAAUCUCCGCCACCAUCCGCCGCCCUACCCGAGUGUCUGUCAGAAGAUGAAACUGCCACGGCCACAUCAAAUAGUAGUCGAAGUGCAGCGAAGGCAGGCAAAAGUAAAGUGGCGCGCACGGAACUCACACCCAAUAGUAGCAGUCCUAAGGGAAUGCCAUUUCGUUCGGCAUCGUUUUCGCAAAUCGAUUAUUCGGCGGGUAAAUAUAAGAAAUCGGCUUUGAGUGCCCUGCGCGAUCGUUUGAGACGUGAUAAAACGGUAGACGGUUCGAGUUCCUCUACAUCUUCGUCAUUGUUUAACAGUAAAGAGAGUCCACCACAAACGGCUGAGGUGGUGGCCAAAAAGGAACCCGAUUGGAUUUAUAUACCCUUGAAAGAGAAACCCGAGUUCAGUAUUAAUUUGUGUUAUGGUCAGGAUAAAAGUUUAGAAGACGUUAUGGAAUCGCCUGAGUUGAUACCCGAAGAGGAGGUAUUUAUGGCCGAUACCAUACAUGAGCUGCCCGAGGAUGGUGGUGAUAAGCUAGAGGCAGCCAGUGUGGUGACCAUACAGGCCAGUCAUGCCAAAAUGGAAUCGUUGACAGAUACCAUACAAUCGGAUAAUGAUUAUGUUAUUGAUGAGUCCCAGGUCCCCAUUACAGUGGAGUCAACAAAUCUGGUGGAAGCCAAAUCAGAUUGCCAGGAUGACAAAGAAAGCUCUUCUGAGCCACAAUCACCCACAUCAGAGGUAAAAAAUUCGGAAAGUGAUUCACUUUCCCCCAACUUGGCCACCCUUAUGGAAGAACAAAUCCCCCUGGAAUCGCCACCUGAUAAUUUCUUGCAAACGGCCACAACCUGCCUAAUCCCCGUCCCAGUAUAUGAAUGUGCUGCCCAAGAAUGGGGUAUGGAAAAUCCUCCACAAGAAUGGGAAGAGGUUGCCCCUGAAGAAUUCAUAAUACUACCCGAGACCAUUGAACCUUUGGUAACUCUCGAUCAGUGUAAUAUUGAAAAACCUGAAACCAAAACAGACAGCGAAUCUGUACCCACAAUUUCGGUACGGCGAUCCUCCGAUGAAAUGGAUGACAAUGAAUUGCUGAGGAAAAAAGAAGAAUCUCCAGAUAAAUCUUCGAAAUCCGAUGAAAGUGAAUCUCAAGAUUCCAAACCCGAUAUGGAUGCAACAAAUGAAAAUCGUUCUUCUUUGGAUAAUAUACCCACACGACAUAGUUCCGAUGAUCGCCGUAAGGCUGAUAUGUCCACUCGACGUAAGGGCAUCUACAUUGAAAAUUGGCAAGAACCCUCAGAUGCCCCAGAUGGUACACCCCACAAAUCUCUGGCUCUGGAUAUAUCCAUUGCAAAUUUAAAUGCCAUAAAACCCGAUUCCUCCGAAGAUGAUAUGAUGUACAUCAACAGUCCCAUAACGGAUGAAAAUAAGACACCAGCCUCACUGUAUUCCUUUGAUUUGAACACCCCCGAAUCGGAAUAUCGCCAUUCACCGGUAUGGUCUAAAAAUCCCAUGAUGUCUAGUUUUAGUUGUCAAUCGUCGGAAGAAAAAGACGACCCACCAUUGGCAUCACCUCCUGUUUCGUUAAGUACUUCACACAUCAGUUUGCCUCGACAACACAAAAGUUUUCCAUUUUUACGAACCGAUUCUGUGUCGGAUAAUGAAAGUGAUCGUACUCCACCACCGCGUGAUCGUAACAGUCCCGUUUCAAGUGAUCAUGAUUUUAAGCGAUUUUCGAAAAGACCUCUGCGAGGUCCUUAUGGACAAAUGCUGGAAGCGGAAAUGAAGAAACCGCAGAAGAAGCAUUUCGAAGAAAUUCUGGAGGAGCUAAGAGAGGAUAAUGGUUCCUUACAGCCAAGGCGCCAGCGUUCUACAAACGAUGACGCAGGUGGUCGUAGCAGUCACAAUGUACUGCCCCACUAUUCCAAUUCGAUGCGUGUGCGUAAAACAGGCAAUGGUGGCGGCAACAACAGCAAUGGUGGCACCAGUCUGCCAGUGCCACAGCAUACGCGUGCCGCCUCAACACCAUCACAAAUCGAAAACGUCAGUGGCAGCCGGGCCAGUGCCUUUGGCAGUAAAUCGGACGCCAUUGACAAUGAUCUGCGUCUAAUUAAACCGCUCGAAAAGAAAUAUCAAUCGACACUGGAUACGACCAGCAUAGGUCGCGAUGAUAUGCUAUUGACAACAACGCCGCUGGUCAAAGGUGGCGAAGCUAAAUUAUCGUCGAUGACGGCGACAUCACCGACCUCCAAAUCGAAAGCAUCAUUACUGCAACGUGAACAAAAGCGAGCAGCCUCGGAGAGUCCGACAAAAACUAGCCACAGCAAACGUAGCCAGUCGAUGAGCAGUGGCGAGAAACCAUCGGCCCAUUUGCAACAUGUCCACCAACAGAAACGUAGUCUGGAUGUGACAAGUACGACAGCGGGGAAACAGCAUAAGGCGGGAGGUAGUAGUGGUGGUGGCAGUGGUGCAACAUCGACGACCUCCACACCACCAGCAGCUGCUGCUGCUGCCAGUGGCAAUGCAACAAAUAUUUUGCCCACGCAAGAGUUAUUGGCUCAGCUGUUAAAGGGUUCCAGUGAAAAGUUGUUGUCUGAACAGCGACAGCAAAUGUUCGCGGAUACCCGAACACACAUUGUCCAUGAAAUCUUUCGCAAUGAACAAUCCUAUGUUGAAUCCCUGCAAACCAUGGUUAAUCGUUACUUGAAGGCUUUGAAAUCGCCGGAACAUGCCGGCGUCAUUGAGGCCCGCACUGUGGAUGAAAUUUUCUUUAUGGUCCCAGACAUUUUGGAAAUCCAUGAGAAAUUCUUGGCUGAAUUGCGUAAUCGUUUGGAUAAUUGGGAUGCCCAGCAAAAAGUUGGAGAUGCUUUUAUGGAAACGUUUUCCAAAUUGGAAGUUCUCGAGGUCUACACCUCGUUUGUGAAUAACUGUAGUCGUGCCAAAAAUGCCAUACGUACCACAAAACAUCAACGACCUGCAUUUGCCAAAUUCCUGGAGACAACGGCCCGUGAACAUAAGGGCAAGCUGACAUUGGACUAUUUGCUGAUCAAACCUGUUCAGAAGUUUCCAAACUACGAACUACUCUUCCAAAGACUUAUCAAACACACCGAUCACGAUCAUCCCGAUCAAAAACAUCUGCAGGAUGUUCUCAAGCUUGUACACGAUAUUCUGGUGCAUAUCAAUUGCAAAGAACGUGAAAUUCUCGAAAAUGGUCAGCGAGAGGCAACACUGCGUGAAUUGGAGGGUGUUAUUGAAGGCAUUACCGAUCUCAUAGCACCAGAUCGACAAUUUUUACUUUUCGAUUUGGUAACAAUGCCCUCGGGUCAAGGAGCACGAAAAGAGCGCGGAUUCUUUUUGUUCAACGAUUUGCUGGUAUUGACGAGUAUUAAAAAACGAAGUGGUACCAUACGAAAACCGAAUACAACAACAUGUCCGGGUACAGUGGCCUCCACGCUGGAUACAAAUAAAUAUAAAUUUUUAACCAAGAUCUCGUUGGAUUGUUUGGAAAUUGUUAAGACAAAAGAUGAAAACAUCAAACGCAUAAUGACUGAAAUUGAAAAUCUCGCAGAAGACUGCAAUAAAUUACAACAGAUCAGUGAAAUUACAGCUUCUCUCAAAAUGCCGCAUCAGUAUUUGGAAGAUGUCAUCCGUGAGCUGUUACGUGAUGCCCAGCGACAAUUGUCGGAGCGACAGACAAAUGAUGCUCAAUUGAAUAUGCUCGAAUUAGCGGUUAAUUCACCAAAUGGUACUCAAAAGCUAUCCAUAGUCUUUAGUAAGUCUGAAAAGAGAACACAAUGGGAGGAGACAUUCAAUGAAGCCAAACAGAAAUUAGCCGCCACCUUGGAACGUCAUCCCAUACCCGAAUUCUUAACCUCAAUACCGAUACGCAAAACACGAGCUGGUCUACAAUUCACCUGUGCCGCCGCCACUCUAAGUGAGAAACGUGACGUUUGGGUAUGCAACAGUGACGGAUAUGUGGGUCAAGUCUGCAUUAUGUCAUUACAUCCCGAACCUAAUGUGACCAGUUGUAAUGGUGUUUGUAAUGCUCGCAUUUUGUGUGUUGCCUCUGUACCUGCUUAUAGUCCUCAUAGUUCUUCCAUUAAAUCCACAUCUUCCUCGAAUGAUGAACCAUCGGUGUCAUCGUCGUCGACAACAACAAACUCAACACAACAGCAGCAGCAUCAUCAUCAUCAGCAACAACAACACCACCAUCAUCAGCAUCACCACCAGCAGCAGCAACAACAACAGCAGCAGCGUUCUUCCUUACCUCCGCUCAGUUAUACCCAACAGCUGCUGGAUUAUCGUAAGAGCAUUUCACCCAACUAUUCCAAUCCCUCAUCGUUGAUUGGUACACCCGAAAAGAAACGUGACAAAUCACAAUCGAAUAGUUUGGCCGGUGGUGGUAGCAGCAGUUCGGUGGCUGGUUCAACGACAAGUGGAGCAGGUGGCGCAGGAGCUAAUAAUAGUGAUAUUCAAUUAGAUUUAAAUUUAAGUUCCAGUGAUGAAGAAGCGGAGGCAGCAAAUGCUGCGGCAGCUGCAUCCUCCAGUGGUGUUGGGGUGAAUUCGUCAAGCGGUGUUGGUAACAGCAAUAGCAGCGGUAUAUGUGAACGGGUACCCAGUCCGGCACCAUCGACACAUACAACCGGUUCAACGUCGACAGCAUCAACGGCUAUUGUUGGUAGCAGCAGUACAUUAUAUCAUGGACAUCAGGAUUCCAACCCAGACGAAAGUGAUGGCAAUCAAUCGACCAUGUGGAUUGGCACCGAAGAUGGUUGCAUACAUGUCUACAAUAGUACUGAUAAUAUACGCAUCAAAAAGAAUCGCAUCAAGAUUGAACAUCAUGCUGCGGUCUAUUCAAUAUUGUACCUGGACAAUCGUGUAUUUGUGGCCUUGGCCAAUGGCGAUAUAUGCGUUUAUUUACGUGAUGGAGCCGUCUGGAAUACAACUUCAUCACAUUGUUUAUCUAUUGGAACGGUGACCAGUCCGGUAACGAAGUUACUCAAUGUCCAUGGCAAAUUAUGGUGUUCAAUACAGGGCAUUAUAAAAGUGUUGGAUACGGAAACUUUGGCGGUGGUCAAUCAAAUCCAAAUCUCAACGGAUUCAAAACCUAUUACAAAUAUGUGUGUCUCCAGUAAUUAUGUGUGGAUUUCAAUACAAAAUUCAGCGCAUAUUAAAUGUUACCAUUCCAAUACACAUCAACAAAUCACCGAAGUUAAUUUGGCACAGGCUGUGAAUAAAAUGCUCUCGAAUUGUGACGAAAUUAUACGCCAACAUAAGGCCGCCUGUUUGCGUGUCACAUCACUGUUAUCGUGUCGCGAUCUAAUUUGGAUUGGUACCAGUGCCGGUGUACUACUGACAAUACCCUCCCAGGGUUACGAAAAGGGUGCACCAAAUGUUGUACCCACGGGUAUACCACAUGGUCAUACGGGACAUGUACGUUUCCUCACCUAUGUCGAGACAACUGGUGCCACCGGCAAUACAUCGAGUACGGACAACAAUAAGGAUCAUGAAACGACAACAUGUGCUGGCUCGAAAUCACCCAAACCGAAAGGUGAAAAUUCCGCCAAUUCUGCAACAAGUACACCUGGUAAUAUUUUGAUUAUUUCCGGUGGUGAUGGCUAUGAGGAUUUCCGUAAUUCGGGCGCCAAUUCGUUGAGUGAAAUUGCUGGACGCGAAGACAGCACGAAUCAUUUACUUAUAUGGCAAAUUUGAGCCCGAAGGCGUAAGAAUCGCUGGCGCGUACUACUCAAACGUUGGAAAAAUAAUAAUUAGCAUCAGCUGAAUAUGAUUUGGGGUAAAAAGUUUCGAACGUUUUAGCCGCAGUGUAUGGGUAUGAUGGGUAGCGUAGCUGUUACGCCGUAAAUGAAAAAUUGAACAAAA